AUGGAGCUUGGCGAUGAGGCGUGGCGGAGGCAGCACCUUCCUCCGUUUCUCUUUUCUCUCUCGAAUGUUGUCGACAAUGGAGCUUUGGCGACGAGGCGUGGCGGUAGCAGCACCUUCCUCAGUUUCUCUUUUUUCUCUCGACUGUGCUUGGCUCGCCAGGCCGACAUUAGGCGGGACGGGAGAGAAAUUCAGGAUUGCCUCACUAGGCAGGGCAGAGUGGGCCAGAUCAAUAGAUGGUGGGUUUUUGGUGGUGCAGACGGGCUUUCCUAUUUGCCACCCCUAGCCGCGAAUUUCAUGUCUCAUUUCAAAUAUGUCGAGGGUAAGCGAUAUCUCAUAAAUGCUACUUAUAGUCCAAACAAGGCAGGGUAUCGGUACAUGCAUGCAUUGAGAGAACAAAGAUCACCACUGUGGCACAAUAUGAGGAAAUUAAAAGGGAAAAAGAAGUUCAUGACUAUAAAAAUUGACUUCGAAAAGGCGUAUGACCGGUUGAAGUGGAGCUUCAUUGAAAAGGUUUUGGAGGAGUUUGGAGUUCCAGACCAAUUGAAAAAUAUUAUUCUCUGUUGUGUGUCUUCUAUUUCUUACAAAAUCCUGUGGAACGGGUGUAAGACGGAGGCUUUUUUGCCAACUCGAGGAAUUAGACAAGGUGAUCCGAUGUCACCCUAUCUCUUUGUUAUGGCUAUGGAGAAACUCUCUCACUUGAUUGAAGAAAAUGUUGUGCGAAGCGACUGGGAGCCUAUGAGAGUGGGUCGGGAAGGGCCAUCAAUUUCUCACCUUCUCUUCGCAGACGACCUGUUGCUUUUUGCUGAGGCUUCCACUCAACAAAUAGAUAAUAUUGGGAGAGUCCUUGAUCUUUUUUGCACUGUGUCAGGAUUAAAGAUAAAUCAAGCAAAAACAACCAUAUCCUUUUCCAAAAAUGUGGAACAAAGCCUGAAGGAUAAUAUCACUAACAAAUGCAAUUUCAAGGAAACUGUCGAGCUGGGAAAAUACCUGGGUGCUAUGAUUACCAAUGGAAAAACGCAGAAAAGAGAUUUCAGGGGAGCAGUAGAACGGGUCAAGAAGAAACUCAGUGGGUGGAAAGUAGGUUGCUUGUCUUUCGCUGGUAGAGUUACUCUGGCUCAAUCUGUGUUAACUCCCUCUCUGAACUAUGAUAUGAUGCAUUCCUUUAUCCCUAAAGGAGUCUGUCAAGAAAUUGAAAGAUUGCAAAGAAGGUUCAUCUGGGCAGAGAAUGCAGGAGAAAGAAAAUUUCACAACGUGGGAUGGCAUAUUUUAUGCAAACCCAAAAUCCUUGGAGGCUUGGGAUUCAAAUCUCUCUCCGUGAUGAAUGAAGCCUUCAUGCUCAAAGCUUUCUGGAGAUUAGUGGGGGAUAAUAACACUCUUUGGGCAACAGUACUACUGAAUAAAUAUGAUAAAGGGAGACAAUUUCCUGCUGAGAUGAAGGUCAAAGGCGCAGACUCUCAAUUCUGGAAAAAUCUUAAAAAGGUGAAGAUGAUCUUUGACAAGAAUACAAGCUUUUCAAUUGGUAAUGGUAAAUUGACUCGCCUUUGGGAUGAUCCUUGGGUAGAAAAUGAACCUCUUCAUGAGCACCUAACCAGUAAUCAGAUCGCUGCGGAGAUAAGAAACAUGACAGUUUUUGAAGCUAUGGAACAAAACAAUGAUUGGAACUACCCCCUUCUAAAGAAUCAUCUCCGGGAUAUCAUCAUUAACAAAAUUAGAGCUAUCCACCCUCCACUUCAAGAAGCAGGCAGAGAUCGAAUUCGGUGGAAUGCAACUCAAAAUGGAGAAUUUUCUGUUGCGAGUGCUUAUAAACUUUUAGCAGGUCAUGGGAAACCACAAGACCAAGUGUGGAAUGUGAUAUGGAAGUGGAGAGGACCCCAAAGAAUGCGGUGUUUCUUGUGGAUGACUACACACCAAAAACUCAUGACUGCAAAUAGAAGAUCAAAACUUUUGGAGCACCCCCCUUCUGCCACAGAUGCGAAGGAGUCCAAGAGACCCAUGAGCACCUGUUAA